GUGCAAAGCAACGUGGGCCAGAGACGCUCCAGCGGAGCCCAGCCUCUCUCGCCCCCCGCCCUCCCCGUCGCUAGGGGCGGACUCCUCGUCGCCUCCGCCCGUCAGGUGGCGGAAGAGCAGCGCGGAGCGGCAUGGGCACCCUUGGCAAGCUCAGGGCGGCGCUCCCGGCUGGCCUAAGGGCAGUCCGGCCGCCAGAGAGGCUCUUCGGAGGCGCCUCCGCCGCGCAGCUCCGCCCUCGGCCUCCCGCUCCGGAAGCGGCGGCGACCGCCGCGCUCUACGUCCACGUGAGUCCGGCGAGAAGCGGAACGCGACCCACCGCGCGCGAGAGGGAGGAAAAAAACAUUUUAUGCGCUUGCGCACGCCGGCUUCCCCGCGAGCGUUGUAAAACGGACUUUUGCGCAUGCGUACCGCGAAGUAAAGCUCCUCCUCCUUUUCCUGAGGCGCUGAGUAACUCCCGCCAAAUCGACUGCUGGGGAUACCUUCCACACACACCUUUUAGUAAAGUGCGCAUGCGCUGUUCCUUAGGCGUUCUCUGAGUCCGGAAGGAGGGUUUGCCCUGUUUCCUUUUGCAGGCCUCUUUCCCUCACCUCCAGUGCGCUUGCGUGGGGUCUGAACUGGUGAAAGUACAGUACGCUUCCUCGACGGAGCCGUUCUCACUCUGCGCAUGCGCAUGGUGGUGAUAAUGUGUCUUACAUUCUCCCCCACCCCCACAAAAGAACCACCUCUUACUGAGGACUUGCAUGUGUUUUACAAUCACAACACAGAUGGUUAUGACUCAACGAGAGUUGCACCAUAACUGAGGAGGAAAAUACUACGGACAGAUCAGAUACAUAGAGAUUUAUCUACCUCAUCUAGUUUCUAAGAAGUGUAUAAUGGAUUCUGCUCAGCCAAAAGCCCAAUAGACUUCCUCUGAAACAGAAAUACGUGGCAACAUGGCAUUUUACCCCAGACUAAGCGCACCUCUUUCAUAGUUGACAGUCUUUCCUUGCCUUCACUCUUCCAUGUCUGCCUUUGUCCUUUUUCUGUCUACUUAAGAGACAAACUACACAUCAUUAACACGACAGGUUGUUGCUUCCUGAGCAGUAUGGUUUGAUUUUCAACUGAGGGGGGUUAUAUGAAUGUUCCUACAUGUUAAAAACAACAAAAACUUACUAAUGCAUCAGGAAGAAUAUAUGUAGCACAUCCCCAUGAGUAAUUGGGUUAUUUUUGGAGGCCCUCUUCAGGAAAGAGUCCUGGAAAACCACCUGUGCUGACUUUCUGUGAAUUGGUAUUAAAAUACCAUUCUGCUCUUGCUCUUCCCCACGUAAUUCCAUAUUUGUGUUUGGAACCACAACUGAUUUUAUUUCAGAACAAGUUCAUGCUGGGGCGUUGCCAUAGCAAGUGUAGAAGACUAGGUUGCCUUGUGCUACACUUCCUCCAGCAAUCAUCCUCUUCCCAAGCAUAAUUCAUAAUGCAAUACUAACCAUAUCUCCACAAAAGGAAGUCCUAUUGAAUGCAAUGCUGCUUACCCCCAGGUUAAAUUUCCCACAUAACUCCUUUGUAGAGUCCUCUCUUAAACAUUUCACCUGCCCAAAAAUAUACGGACUGAAAGACAUGAUGGUCACGAUGACUGGAAAGCCUUUGAAGUUUAGCCAAAGCUAGAGAUAGAGCAUCUUUAUGAAAUAAAACGGGUUUGUGGUUGUUUUUUUACUUGGGCUGGCAUUUAUUGGCUGAGAUUAAACUCUGCUGAGUAGGACUAAGUCUAUAGUGCAAUAAGUAUAUUUGUAUUCUGAAUCUACCAUGUUUAUAAAACAUGCUGGUGGUCACUAUGUACCUUUGGGGUAGAAUGAGUGCAGAGUUAAAUAUUUUGCAUUCCAAGCCAUUUUAUUGAUUGCCCCUCUUGGUAGAUAGAAGUGUUACAGGCUUUGGUCUGGCAAGAUGUUGACGAUAGCAGGACACAGCAGGGUGAAGGUACCAGAAAGUGUGUUAGGUCUUAACAAAUAAGAAUUCUAUUGUUUCCUUGGUCUCUUAGUGGCCCUACUGUGAGAAACGCUGCAGCUACUGCAACUUCAACAAGUACAUUCCCCGAAAUCUUGAUGAACAGAAAAUGAGGAACUGUCUUGUUCGGGAGGCCCAGACCCUGAUCCAACUCAGCCAAGUCAAGAGGUUAGUAUAGUGGAAGAUGAGGGGGAGGUUUUGAACAGUCAGGAUUUACAGUCAGGGAACUUUGGAAGGAAAGGGAAAGAGAUGAGUUUUACAACAAAGCCAGCAGCUGCUCUUGCGUUGGGAAUUUUAGUGAUUUGGAAUAAGCCCAAUAUAUUCAGUACAGAUGCUCUUCACCAUUAGAGGACAGUGGCUUUUGUGAAAUCCUACAGAGGUUUUAAGUCUUUCUGAUCAGUGGGAACAUUAUGUUGUAUAUUUGUUAAGUGGCUUGUAAACUGCUAUAGGAAGAUUUAUUUAUUUUAUUGAAAAGCAGUAGACAAAAAAAAGGCAAUGAGAUGUAUGGCUGAGACGUAUAUGGCUCAACACUGUGGGUUCCUCAGAUAUGUCCCUCUCACCCUCUCCUUGGUUUUGCAGAAUCACAUCAGUGUUCUUUGGUGGAGGGACGCCAAGCCUGGCCAACCCACUCACCAUUGCCUCUGUCCUGGACACUGUCUCCCAGUGUGCCCAUUUAGCAGAAGGCACUGAGGUUACACUGGAAGCCAAUCCCACUUCAGCAGAUGCCUCGUGCCUGGCUGAGUUCCAGAAAGCUGGUGUCAAUCGCCUCUCCAUUGGUGUCCAGGUGAGGUGACGGGUGCAUUGCUUUCAGGGCUGUAUUAAUCUGUGCUGAUCCAGUUACAAUAUUCCUUUUGGGAGAAGUUUCUAAAAAGCAUUUAUGGAAAUGUUUGGCAACUUGCAUUUGUCAAAAAUGGUUGAGCUUGCCACUCUAUUUAUCAGCAUCUCUCUUCCUCCCCUUUCCUGCCCAUAGUAUGCCAGAAACAGCAAACAGUUACUUAUGGAAUAAAUAUCUCAGAAUAGUCCAGGAUAACCACCAAUCUGACCUGUGAGAAAUUCCUUUCCUGUUACUAUUUUUCUACAUUCACAAUUUUGAAAGUAAGAGUUAAAUUUGGCAAGGGAGAAAGCAAACAACAACCUGGGGAUCAGUGUGAGAUUUCAGUCAGGGAAGGAGUUAAAACACAACCCCCCCAAGAAUGUAUUUCAAAGGGGAGAGGGAGAAAAUGGGAAAUCUCUUGCACAAACUGUUUUUUGGCCACCAGACUCUUCACAUUUUGCUCCCAUUGGUUCUUGCUUGCACCUGACAUUCAAAAAUCUUCAUGCUCUAAUAGUGUUUUCACUCUUGCCUUACUCAUAUCUCUUUCCCAACACUUGCACUUCUUCUUCUCCUGAUAAAUGAGGCAAAUAUACUCAUGUUUUCCCGUCCUCAUCAACAGUCACUUAAUAAUACUGAACUGAAACUCCUUGGAAGGAACCACACAUCUUGGGACGCUCUACGAACUUUAGAAGAAGCCAAGAAACUCUUUGCAGGCCGUACUUCCAUUGACCUCAUAUUUGGACUCCCGGGUCAGACCAAUGCAUCGUGGAUCCAGGGUCUGGAGGAAAUGCUCACUGUGUGUGAUGACCACAUCUCUCUCUACCAGCUGACACUGGAGAGGGGAACUUCGCUUUUCAAGCAAGUCCACCAGGGCUCCCUGCCCAUGCCUGAUCCGGAUGUAGUAUCAGAGAUGUACGAGUGCUCCCGGCAUGUUUUGCAAAAUUCAGGUUUCCAUCAGUACGAGGUCUCCAAUUUCGCUAGGAAUGUAAGUCUGUUACUUUGCCUAGAACCUCUGCUAUACAGUGGUACCUCGCAAGACGAAUGCCUCGCAAGACGAAAAACGCGCAAGACGAAAGAGUUUUCUGUUUUUUGAGUCGUUCCGCAAGACGAAUUUCCCUAUGGGCUUGCUUCGCAAGACGAAACGUCUUGCGAGUUCUUGCGAGUUUGUUUCCAUUUUCUUAAAGCUGCUAAGCCGCUAAGCCGUUAAUAGCCACUAAGCUGCUAAUAGCCGCUAAGCCGCUAAUAGCCGUGCUUCGCAAGACGAAAAAACCGCAAGACGAAGAGACUCGCGGAACGGAUUAAUUUCGUCUUGCGAGGCACCACUGUAUAGCUUAAAUCAGGAGUGGGGACCUUACUCAGUCCAAGGGCAGCAUCCAAACAUUGUGAAUCUUUCCCACACACCAAUUCAUACACACCAAUGUCACCCACUUCCAUCCAUUCUCAUGUAUAAUACAGACCAUACCAAUACCCAUUCAUGUUUGUUUUCUUCCCGCCCCAACACACACUCUGACCACACCUCCAAAUAAUUAGGCUUGAAAAAGCAUUGGAGUUGCAGUCUCCACAAAGAUCUCGCUCUCUCACACACAUAUACAACAGCUAAGCUUGAAAACAGCUUCGCAUUGGAGUCAUUGGAAGACUUUUUUUCAACACAAUUGCCACAGGUGGAGGGUAACUGGGGUUGAGGGUCAUAGCUGCUAAGGGAAUAGUUAACCUUCUCCCCGUGUGCUGUCACACACACACACACACAGAGAGAGAGAGAGAGAGAGAGAGAGUUUUCAAGUCUGACAAGCAAGAGGAGCUUUUUUCAGUGUUGGGGUUGCAGGAUAUGGUUAACCCUUCCCUCUUCAGUUGCAACCACUCCAAAAAAACCACAAAACAAUCCCCCCCAAGGGGGAUAUGCAGAGAAGCACCCAUGGGUCUCAUCCAGUCUUCAGAUGGAUUGGUGGCGGGGUUCCUCUGGCCUAAGCAGAAGGGAGUAGACAAAAUAAUUUCAGAUAAUGAAAUAAGCUUGCUUGCUUGAUUGUGUGUGUGUGUGUGUGUGUGUGUGUGUGGAAAGAGAAGAAUAUUAUCCAGCUACAGAAGUGAAGCAAACAUGCUCUGAGGAUGCCUUCUUAGCAAAGAACAGAGCAUGUUAUGGAAGGCAGUAGGCACAGGCUGAGACUGAUAGUCAGAAGGCUUAGUUCCCAUCCCAAGAGAGAGCUUUAAAUCUGAGCUUUCCACUUUCUCACAAAACUUGAAUGCUGGAUCCACUGAGUUGCUGAGCGUCCUCAGGAGUCGGUCGCUAAAGGGUGCCCAGCAUGGUGUAACACUGGACUACCUAUUCCUUAGUGGUUAUGCUGUUCUGUUUUUUUCCCCCUGCAGGGGGCACUUAGUACCCACAACCUGUCCUAUUGGCAAGGGAGUCAAUAUAUCGGGAUUGGACCAGGUGAGCAUUGCUUGGGGAGAUGAGAGGGGCCAGCCGCUUCCCAAUCUGGGCUCUCCAAAGUGCUUUUCAGAUGGCACCAUUUUAGCUGUGCUUCAUGUUAGACAUGAGUUGUUGGGGAAAGAUGGCCUCAGCCAUCUGAUGGCUGGGCAGUUAUGCACAUUUGCUUCCCAUACCCUCUAGAGACGAAGAAUUAAGCCACAGCCCUGGCUGCCUCUUUCCUAGGUGCCCAUGGGAGAUUUGUGCCAUGGGGAGAUGGCAAGGUCCAUCGGGAGGCCAGGAUACAGACUUUGGAGCCAGAUGUAUGGAUGAAGGAGGUGUUGGCCGUUGGGCACGGGACCCGGAAGCGGACUGAACUCAGCAAACUGGAUAUGUAAGCAGAAGGGGAGGCGAGGAGGCAGUUUUAUCCCAUGAAUUUGAGUAGAAUUCCUUCAAACCAUGGUAUUGCAGCGGGAACACCUUGGAUUCAAGUUUUGACUUGACCACAAACUCAGUAGUUGCCCAUAGGCAUGCCAUGACUGCUUAGGCCCCCAUCUGCAAUAGGGGAAUACAGUGGUACCUUGGGUUACAUAUGCUUCAGGUUACAUACGCUUCAGGUUACAGACUCCAGUAACCCAAAAAUAGUACCUCGGGUUAAGAACUUUGCUUCAGGAUGAGAACAGAAAUCGUGCUCCGGUAGCGCGGCGGCAGCAGGAGGCUCCACUAGCUAAAAUGGUGCUUCAGGUUAAGAACAGUUUCAGGUUAAGGACGGACCUCCGGAAUGAAUUAAGUACUUAACCCGAGGUACCAUUGUACUAAGACCUACAUUACAUUGCUGUUAGGAUUUCUGAGAAAAUCCAUGUGAAAUGCUUUGAACACUCUAUGUGAAAUGCUUUGAACACUCUAAAGAAGGGGGAGGGGAGGAUUUUCAGCUCAAGGGCCUCAUUCCCUCAAGUCAAUCUUUUAGGGUGGCAGUGGUGGGUGGGGCCAGAGGCAAGGAAUGGAUGGAGCCACAGUGACUCUUAUCUUUGAUAUGGUGGCUACAUUUCAGCUGUGGAGAAUCCAGAGGCUUCUAUGCAUACUCAUCUCUCCACCCUUCAGCUGGGCCAGGGUUUCCCAAACUUGGGGCUCCAGCCGCUUUUGGACUACAGUUCACAUCAUCCCCGGCCACUGGUCCUGGUAGCUGGGGAUUAUGAGAAUUGUAGUCCAACAACAGCUGGAGACCUAAGUUUGGGAAACUGAUCUAGGCAAAUAUGUUUUAAUAUGUAUAUAAUGCUUGAAAUAGCAGGUGAAGUUGGUUCAGAGCAUGUGUCCUCUGCGUAGGCCAGACAUAGCCAAACUUGGCCCUCUAGAUGUUUUGGGACUACAACUCCCAUCAUCCCUAGCUAACAGGACCAGUGGUCAGGGAUGAUGGGAAUUGUAGUCCCAAAACAGCUGGAGGGCCAAGUUUGGCCAUGCCUGGUCUAAGCUAAUCUGCUACAGUUGCUAGGAAUGGUGUGUGCAGAAAAAGCAGUACAGGUUUCUGGUGACUAUUCCUAGGUUGCUAGAGAGUUCUAUGUCCUUGUGUUAUGUUACCCUGUGACUGUCUCCUUUGCAGACUGGAAGAGGUUCUGAUGUUGGGGCUUCGUAUGGAUAUAGGAAUUACACACAAGGUGAGGUGUGAUUGUGCCAGCAACUGCACUUGCAGCCAACUGGCUGGGGCUGAAAUUUUCAGUGCCCUAACUCCAGAGCUUUUGGCAGAAAUGGCCUAUUACUUCCUCUUUUUCUGAACUUUCUCUGUCUUUUCCACAAGGUACUCAGCAGGUAGAAUCAAAAGAAUUAAAGAGAAAUGAGUGGCCAAGAAGCAAAAUACGUGACCAGCACCAGUGGUUUGAAUCUGCUUUUAAAAGAUUGGAUUUUUAUUCCUUUUGGAGAAAGCUUUGAAAAACCUGCUGGUUGUGGUUGCUAAAUGAAUGAAAGCUGGAAAUAACCUUCGUGGGAUUUCCACUGGCCACGAGGCUCUCAAUUUUAGGAACUGCAGAUUUUCCCCGCCCUCGGUUUAUUUUCCUUGAAACACACAUUGUUGCUUUCAGUGGUCCAACAAGGAGAGAAUUAGCUGUUGCCUAAAGCAACCCACAGGGACGUGGGUGGCGCUGUGGUCUAAACCACUGAGCCUAGGGCUUGCCGAUCGGAAGGUUGGUGGUUCUUUUUUUUUUUAAAUGAUAUUUAUUAAAGUUUCAAAAAAUACAAAAAAUACAGAAUACAGAAAAAAGAGUAAAGUUUUUAAAAUAUAACAAAAAAGUAAAGAAUAAAAAAGAAACAUACAAAAUAAAACAGUUUAAAAAAAACACAUUGAUUUUCCAAACCUAUCUUCCCUACACUUAUUUCCCCGGACCUCCUCAUACCUCCCUUUUUUGUAUUCCAGUUCAGUUUGUUAGUUCAGCAAAUCCUUACCAUUAAACUUUUACCCAAUUGUAAACCUUUUUUCAUAUCUCUUAAAGCAUUACAGCUAAAAACCUCUUAGUUUCUAUCCAACAUCCUUCUAAGAUUCGAAUCCCUGUGUCGGGGUGAGCUCCCGAUGCUCGGUCCCAACUCCUGCCAACCUAGCAGUUCGAAAGCACAUCAAAUGCAAGUAGAUAAAUAGGUACCGCUCCGGCGGGAAGGUAAACGGCGUUUCUGUACAGUGCUCUGGUUUCGCCAGAACCGGCUUAGUCAUGCUUGCCACAUGACCUGGAAAAACUGUAUGUGGACAAACGGCGACUUCCUCGGCCAGUAAAGUGACAUGAGCACCGCAACCCCAGAGUCGUUAGCGACUGGACUUAACUGUCAGGGGUCCUUUGCCUUUACCUUUAAAGCAACCCCCUGCACCUUUCUCUCUCUCCAACUUUUAUUCAGAGUUAUAUUUGUUUCCUUGCAGCAUCCAGUUAUGUACACUGGGAGCAGGAAAGAAAAGGAAAAUAACAUGGUUAUUUCUGACCAAAAGCAUUACUAGGGUGGGGAAAAACAACUCAACACCAAGCUUCUUAAUUUGGCAGCAGUGCUGUGUUAGGCAUCUUGUUGAGUAGUACUGUAAGCUACACCAGGAACUGGGACCAUGGGGCUCUCCAGAUGUUCCUGGGACUCCAGCUCCCAUCAAUCCCAGCCAACAUGGCUGGUGGUCCGAGAUGAUGGGAGCCAAGUUCAACAUUGGGAGGGUCAUGUUUCCCAUUCCUGCCCUAAAUCUUCACCCCUCCAACAAACACAAAAAUGGUGAAGUCAAGCUUUGAAAAUCAAACCAAUUCAAGCUUGCCAAAUUGCUUAGCAUAUUUUGGUUAUGGUAGAAAUCUAGAAACCACUAGACAAUUUUGCACAGUCCCAGUGCAGGCUGAGAUGAAAACAACAAUAUACCGUAUUUUUUGCACCAUAACACUCACUUUUUUCCUCCUAGAAAGUAAGGGGAAAUGUCUGUGCGUGUUAUGGAGGAAAAGCCUACGGGUGGCAUGCCUACGGAUUUUCCUCCUCUAAAAACUACGUGUGUGUUAUGGUCGGGUGCGUGUUAUAGAGCGAAAAAUACGGUACUUCCACCCUUGCUGCAGCUUAACUUGCCAGGCUUACUCCCAACGAUGGUUUGUUGCCAACAAUAUAAAAGGGGUGUUGGCAUUCAAAUAUGGGUUUGCCACCAAACUAGCAUCUAGAUUCUGUUUUAGCAACUGGCAUGGCCGCUCAGUUACUGACCUUCAUUACAAAGAUGCAGUCAACCUAGGAUUUCAGAAAGAUAUGCUAGCUUGAAUGCUGGUUGCCAAGGACAGAAGGGGAAAAAAGCAAAAAAGAAUUUAUUUAUUUUUACGUAUGUACAUUACUUCUUGCCUUUUGGUGUUAGGAGUCUCCAAAGGUAGCCAGAAAAUAAAUAAAGACCAUAAAAAACCAAUUUAAAACAACUCAUAAAUCAACAACUCAUAAAAUCAGUAAAUGAUAUACUUCAAGCAAUAUGUAGAGCUGGGUUGCACAUAAUACAAACUAUGGCUUAGUGCAAAUGGAGAAAUCACAGUCAUUUUGCUGCUGCUGCUUCUGUCUUGCUGCUGCCGUCGCACUGCUGUGAGCCAAGCCAUGCCUUGGCUUAGGGUGUCAUCUGAACCCAGGCUUGAGGUUUGUGUCGCUCCAGUCAAGCCAUGAGCUGUAACUACGGGGUGUUCUGGGUUUACAGCUUGUAAUUUGUCUGGAGCAGGCAAACCCAAAGCCUAGGUUAAGACAACAUGCUUAGCCAAGGCAAGGCUUAGCUCACAGCAGCGCAGCAGGGGUAGGAGCGUUCUCCAGGAACACUCACACUAAGCCAUGGUUUGUUUGGUGUAGUGUUAUAUGCAAACUUGAUAGCAGAAUGGGAGGCUGUGGGGGGAGUUACUGCGCUUCCUGAAAAUUUCUAGGGAGCUAGAGCAUCCUUGAGGAUGUGCCGCAAGAGAAUAGGUCCAACUUCUUGAGGACGCCAGUUUAAACUCUGGUGGCGGAGGGGAUCAACCAGAGCAGGGCCCCAUCAUAUGGUCUUAAAAGUAUAUGAGAGGCUGAGGAAUUCAUUGCGAGGACUUUAUAACUGACAUUUGGAAGUCACAUUCCACCCCACCUCCCACUCAUUAGUGUUCUGAUAGGACAUGAACGUCAAAGCAAAUUCUCGAAACUAUCAAUCAACACCCAUCCUAGCAGCAUUUCUUUUUCUUUUUUUAAAAAUAAUUUUUAUUAACAAACCAAUAAAAUCACAUUAGUUCCAAAUUACAAAACCGAAUUUUAAAUUUUUGUAUGGGGUACCCAUGCUUCAAGCUCAGAAAGGGAUCCAAUCAUCUCUUAUUUCUGCUGCUUUGAUGUUCACAGUUCUGUUCAUUCAUCUCUUUGUUGUUUUCCUUUACAAAUCAUCUUUCAAUCUUCUUGGUAUCAUAUUUUUUUCCUUUCUUUAUAACCUCUGAAAGUCUCCACAAGCGAGUUGAAACAAGCGUUGUUAUAGUCCUGUGUGGAUUUUCACAUUAAUCCAAAAGUCAAAUUCAGACGGCAGACGCCAUUUCAGCACUUCCAUAGAAAACAGUCUUAGCGUCUGCUCAUUAGCUUUCACAGACCCGUUGCUCCAACAUCAAUCUUUUCAGGGGGUUCUGCCAGAUCAAACACAUAGUCAAGUAUGAUAACAAAGCCGUGGCUUCCUCCCCCUCUUGACCGUCAAUCCUGCAACACAGCCUGUCUUGUCAUGGCGGUUCUCUUUUAGAACUGCGUCAUCCCAAAAGCCUUCCAUUUCCUUUCCAGAUCUUCCACAAAGCAAAGCCUUUAGUUAAUGAUUCAUUUCCACACAGUUCAUUAUUAUCUCACUUGUUAUUGGUUAUUGCAACGGCCAUCCUAGCAGCAUUUCUUUUCUACAGCACUGGCUACAAUUUGCCCCUGACUUCAGCCUGUGGGAUGCAUUUGGAGAAUCAGAGGAAGUGAAAGAGCUGGAGGAGUGUGGUUUGCUGCUUCUAGACGACAAGUAAGUGGCCCCUAUGGGUUCAUCAUGUUUCUCUGUGAAGAAAGAUGCUGUUGUCUGCUGUGGAAGAUUAAUCCAUGUCCUUGUUGGUGGGGAUUGGUUUUUUUGCAGGGGACUUAGGUGUUCUUGGAGAGGCCUGGCUGUGUUGGAUUCUCUGCUGCUGACACUUCUCAACCAGUUCCAGAAAGUCUGGGUGGAAAGAGAAAAAACGUUCAAACCUGAAGUCCCUACUUAGGUUCCUUAAGAAGUAAAUGAUGGCAGGAAGCAGCCUUAUACUGGGUAGGGCAGGACACUAGGGAUUAGGAAUUUUCCAACCUUGUGCACUGACUCACACUACCAUCCGGGGAUAGUAAUUUAGCCAUCUUGAUCUCAUUUUCUCCACCUACUAAAGCUGGGAUAAUGACCAUGAGCCUUGCAGAUGAAAUACACGGGUGGUUAUGGAACCACAGCAUUCUCAUGAUGUUAGUAGCAAGGAGGGAAAACAACAAAAUGGAAUGCAGGGCAUUGAUCCGUGCAGGGGUAGGGCCCACAUCCUCAGGUGGUGUGCCCUGAUGGCGUCACUAAUCACUGGUCCAACAGGCUGAACGAGUAACUUUCUACAUAGGAUGAAAUUUCAGCCAUUGUCCAUUAAACCCAUAGCUAAAAGCACAAUGCAAACUUAUACUUCAGAGGUAGGAUGACUAUAUUUCAGGGGUGAUUUAAAUUGAGAAAGCACCGUAUUUUUCACUCUAUAUGUCGCACCAGACCACAAGACGCACCUAGUUUUUGGAGGAGGAAAACAAGAAAAAAAAUAUUCUGAAUCUCAGAAGCCAGAACAACAAGAGGGAUCACUGCACGGUGAAAGCAGCAAUCCCUCUUGCUGUUCUGGCUUCUGGGAUAGCUGCGCAGCCUGCAUUCGCUCCAUAAGACGCACACACAUUUCCCCUUACUUUUUAGGAGGGAAAAAGUGAGUCUUAUAGAGCAAAAAAUACGGUAUGUUGGCUAGAUGAGCUUCAAGUUUCCUACUAGAUAUAAUUUUGGUUGUGUGUGGAGAUUAUAGUCGCACAUUUUGAGAACUGCGGUGGAAUUCAAAUGACUCCAGCUAAUUUAUUUGACAAAUGAAAUAAAGAGUUCAGUUAGGUUUUAUACACAUUAUAUACAAACUCCCAUGCAUGGACUCCGGACAGCAGGAAACAUGCUCCAUUUUGCAUUUACUGGCUAACACAGUAACACAGAGACCGGUGAUAAUAAUAAUAAAAACGGAAACAGAAACAUGACAUGUCUUUUCUGCUCAGGUUCAUCCACUGGGAAGGUGGGGUGUGCAAAGGUGUGUCAGCUAACUUGAUGCACACUGUGCUGGUUGGCUGGCCUCCUAUGAUGUCACCAGGAAACUUCCUUGUGCCCAUUCCCUGGAACAAUGCUGCACUGGAUUUUGAAGGUAAUGAAGGGAAGGAUGAACACAUGAACAGGAUAGUUUGGAAAAAUAAAUUAAAAAGGACAGCUGACCUGAAGCGUGUUGGAAGUACAAGACGAAUUGCUGAGCCAGUAUCUGAUUUGCUGAUAUGCACAUAAGUUGUCUUGGGCUCACCCAACAGCCAAAGACCAAAUCAAGCUCUCUUAUACUGUUAAAUUUUAUUCUUAAAAGCACACAAACAACAGAACUUUUAAAACAUCAAUAAAAUUCAGUUCCAGAGAC